GCAGCAAUAACCCUCCUCUAUUUUUUGGACUUUGGCCCUGUCUCCUUGGGGAGAUUUCCAGAAACACACAACAGAGCUCCAAGAUGCUUGACAGACCGUCCCAGGGUGGUGCAUUCACUGUCCUGGUUUUUCACCCUGUUGUCUUCCUCACCCUAAUACACUCAUGUAGAGGUCAGUCUGAGGUGAUUGGUCCAUCUCAGCCAAUAGUGGCCUUCAUUGGUGAGGACGUCAUUCUGCCGUGUUACCUGGUACCUGCCAUGAAUGCCUUUGACGUCACCAUGGAGUGGGCGAGACCUGACCUGGACCCCAGGUUUGUUCUGGUGUGGCGUGAUGGCGGGGAACUGGACAGUUUCAAACAUCUGUCCUACAGAGGCCGAACAUCUCUGUUCACUGAGGAACUGAAACAUGGAAACGUGUCCUUGAAACUCUCCAAGGUGAAAAUAUCUGAUGUGGGAACAUACAGAUGCUUCAUACCAGUACUAGAAAAAUCCGCUACUGUUCAGCUUGUUGUAGGCGCCGUCUCCCCACCUGUAAUCCAGAGCAGUAAAAACCUCAGUGCAGGGGUUCUCCAGUGUGAGUCUGAAGGCUGGUACCCAGAGCCUGAGGUGCUGUGGCUGGACGGUGAUGGGAACCUCCUCUCUGCCGGAGCCACGGAGACUCUCCGAGGUCCUGAUGGACUCUACACUGUCAGCAGCAGAGUGGCUGUGGAGAAGAGACACGGCAACUUCACGUGUAGAGUCCAGCAGCAGAACAUCAACCAGACCAGAGAGACACACCUCUACGUCCCAGAUGAGUUGUUCAUGGUCCCCAGUUCUGCCAGUACUCCCAGUACUGCUGGUAGUCCAGGUGUCAUUGCUGGCUCGGUUAUCGGUUGUGUCCUUCUGAUGUCAACAGCUGGGGUUGUCUUUGUUGUGUGGAAAUGGAGGCAAAAGAAAUUCAAAUGCAAGAGGAGGAGCCCCGAGGACGGAGAUGAACACACAGAGGAAGGGAAGAAGCUCACAUCUAAAUGUGAUAACACGGGUUUCCAGAUUCUGAAUGAGCGAGAAGGAGAAAAUGCACCGCUGAUGGCAGCAAGAGAGGAAGAGAAUAAUGUGAUCAGAACAGAGGACGAGGACAAAGACAAGGACGGAGCUCAAAGUGAACAUAAAAAUGAAACACAACAAAACCAGACCAAACCAGAUGUGGACAGGGCAGAAGGAGAGAGGGACGUUACAUCUAUAAAAAAUGAAAACGUACCUCUGAUUUCAACAGAGGUAGAAAAACACCAAAAAGGAAGACGUUACAGAAAGGGCAGGACAAGAGGAAAACGACAACUUAAACAAGAGAAGGAGCUCAAUGUGAGUCAAAAACAGACAGGCAAGAAGAAGAGACGUCAUCAAGGAGACAGUGAGCCGACACAGAAGAGGUUAAAAAAGCCAAAAGAACACAAUGGCGCUGAGAUAAAGUCUGAAGAGGAAGUUUACAUGGAACAAGACAUAAUAGAUACAGAAAAAAUGGAAGUGACUUUACAACAGGAUCAAGCAUUUAUGUGUCAGGAAGACCAAGAGGAGGACAUGGACCUUUAGAAAAACCGCAGGAAACUCAAAGAAGAAGCAGGACGCCAUUUACAACAUUUACGUUGUCCAGCUAUGGGCAGUUAGUGUAUGACAC